AUGUCGAUUCCUCUGCCCAAUUGUCGCCCCAGCGUGCCUGAUCGUUGUUUCGUCAGUGCGCUCGCCGAAGCUCGUCUCGUCGAAUGCCUCGCCUCGAUCCGCGAUCGAUCGCUGCAGACACUCUUCUCCAAUUGCUGGCUCAACACGCUCGACACGACCAUUUUCGACCACUUUGCCGACAACGGCCAGGCCGACCUGGCGCGAGCCCAGCCGAGGACUUGGGUCAUCACCGGUCAGUUGACUCCGGCGCGUGGUGCCACGGCGAUCGACCCGGCUGGCCUUGGCGAGUAUCAGCAGCAGCAGCGGUGUACUCAUCACGGUCGACAUUGACUUUGACAGGCGACAUUGCUGCCAUGUGGCUACGAGAUAGCACCAAUCAGGUCGUACGUUCAACGCACCUGCAUCUACCUCGGUGGAAUGCCGGCGUGCCGCUUACUGAAAUGGCCUCUCCGCGCGCGCCUCCACCUCCUGUCCCUCUCUGCACGCCAACAGACCCCUUACCUUUCACUCCUUGCGCCGCCCCCGGGUACAAAUCCCGCGAAUUACACUUCCGACCAAAAAGAAUGGGAAGCCUUGUAUCGACUCAUACUAGGCGUCAUCUACGCCCAGGCCUCGUGCAUCAAUCUACACCCUUUCUCCAAUGCCUUCGUCCCUCCGACCUCGAACGUUUCUACUGCCGACAAUUUCGACCGAAUACACCCUGUCGCACCCAAACCCGUUCUGGACCGGCAUGGUCAUGGACUACGCGUGUGGGAAUCCAAAUGGGAACUCGACUCGCUGUGUGCCUUUUUCGACUUGUCCGCCAAACUGGCCCAGAGUUCUUCGAGGACCGAUUUCGUCGGCAACGAGCAGUGGGUCGAGGCGAUGACGCUGGCGCUGAAGAUUUGUCGACUGCAACAGCGCAGCUCGCAGGAGGAGUACGAGCUGCUGCAAGAGGCGCAGACUCGGGCGCAAGGAGAUGAGAGCUCGCUCGCUGGGGGUCUGCCGUGGGUUAAGGCGGAGGGAAAGCCGACUUACGACGGCGCGGAAGGCGUCUACCAGUUUCAACGACCGACCUCGUCGGCGAGUGAGACGCGGGCUAUGUCGGGAUUGGGAGAACCGGCCAAACGAUGUGGUAGGUCUCGGGAUUGUCGUUCAUUGUAUUGUCGCUGAUUUGACUAACCACCACUUUCGGUUUACCAGGUUUGGUGAAAUCGGCUUUCCGACCGUCUGACGAUGCGACCGUUUUUCCGUUUUUGAUACCUUCGAACUGCUAUCUCGUCGCUUCACUGGGAAGGCUUGCCGACGUGGUUCGUGCUCACAUCCUCUCGGAUAUUGUUCGACCGAGUCGAUCGAGUCGAUCGGUGCGGGAAGAGACUCAACUCGGCGAGCUCGAAAGGGAGAUGCGAGCACUGGCGAACGAAGUUUCCGAGGCGAUCCAAACACAGGCCAUGGUCAAGGUAAUGAAUGCGCAAGGACAAGAGGAGGUUGUGCUGGCCUAUGAGAUCGACGGAUAUGGUUGAGUUCACUUUAGGGUAGGUCACCUACUUGUGAGGUGAAGAAGCUAACGCGAGUUUGAUCAUUGUCCAGGGGGAUACCUCCUCGCGGACGACGCCAACCUUCCUUCGUUAUUGUCGCUCCCCUUUCUCGGUUAUUGCGACAACACGCUUCCAUUGUACAGCUCGACGCGGUCGCUCGUGCUCUCGCCGCGUAACAAGUGGCACUUCUCCGGGUCGGCCGGCACAGGGAUCGGCGGGAUGCACAUUGGGCCCAACUUUAUCUGGCCCAUGUCGAUCAUCAUGCGUGCCCUGACCUCGGACGACGACCACGAGAUCCUCGAAUGCCUCGACAUGUUGAAGGAAUGUACGGCAGGGACGGGUUUGAUGCAUGAGAGUUACCAGAAGGAUGAUCCGAGACGGUACACGAGGAGUUGGUUCGCAUGGGCCAAUGGCCUGUUCGGGGAGUUGAUCUUGGAUGUGUGGGCGAGGAACCCGCAUCUGUUGUCGUGA